AUGAAAGUAACCGAAUUAGGAACGUAUUUCUCUUCGCACAUUCGUUUGAAAAUCGAAAGAGAUUCAUUUCCUUCGCCGUUCACCGCGUGGCCCACUAUCAUCGACGUCCACGAGACGACAUCUUUUAUCGACAUCCCGUUAAAAAUGGCCCGAGCUUUCGUAAUGCUCCCGCAUUUUGCGUACAUGUCGAUAAGAGCAUUUCCCAAAACUACACUUCUUUUGAAGCACUCUUUGCUCUCCACAAUGGAGUGCGCGCAUUUCAUCGAACACUUUCCGGGCAUACCCCAGGUUUCUACACCUUGCAUACAUGUUCAUGAGAGCUGUCCCGACAGAAACAUCACAGUCGAGCCCACUAACUUUUGCACGAGCAUGGAUCAUCCUUCCGAAAGAAAGGUCUUUGCAAGCAGAUAA